UUAUAUACUCUUUGGUGAGUCAGACUUCAGAGUAAAUUGGAGUAAAUAUGUGUUGUGAGUCGUGAGUGGUUAUUGCUAGUGUCUUUUUUCUUUUAAUUCUGCUGAAGUAUGUGAUAAUAGUGUAAAAUUAAGAUUUUAGUUUGUCUCUAUCAAAUAUUUCCUCACGAUCUCACAGUUACUGGUGUUGCUCACGUUAAGCAUUUUAUUCCACGCUAUCAACAUGCGUAAAUGUUUGAAAUAUCGUGCUGCAACAUGGACGACUCGAGUAAAUUCCAGCAAAUGCAAGAUGAAAUGUCGAGGUUUGAGGCGGAGAUCUCUGGAUCGGAUAUGGUUAUACGACCAGUGAUUGGAGCCGCUACUUUUGGCGCUGUACAGCAACAGCUCGAGCGCUCUGUGCCUCCUCAAGCGGCUAUGAUGCCUCAGUUCGACCCUUCUGUUAUGGGAACGCGGCUGAUGUAUCCUAGUGUACCACCCCCGCCACCUCCUCCAUCUAUGAUGGUACCAGCUUCUGUACAGAGACUGCGACCAACAGGGCCACCUGACCCUUACCCUGGACCUAUGCCGUUCCUACGACCUGGACUACCAGGUCCUCAACUCAUACCCCCACCACCCCCUAAACCUCAGCCCGUAGUGUUGUCAGCGGCGCCCAAACUGUACAAACAGCCCAAGGAUGAUGAGCAGAAAAAAGAGAAACAGGAAAGCAAAAAACGGAAACGUGAGCGCCCACCGACCCCACCUCGGGUUUCGCCACCUGUGCAGGAAACUCCGCCGCCGGCCCCGGCACCGCCCCCUGUUCUAACGGAAACUAGCGCUCCCAAAGGAAAAAAGGAGAAAAAACAUAGAAAAGUGGUGAGGACGGCUGGUGGUCAAGUUUGGGAAGAUGUGACUCUACUAGAUUGGCCUGAUGAUGAUUUUAGAAUGUUCUGCGGGGAUCUCGGUAACGAUGUUACCGAUGAACUUCUGACACGGACCUUUGGCAAGUAUGCAUCGUUUCAAAGAGCCAAGGUGAUCAGAGACAAGCGAACAAACAAAAGUAAAGGCUUUGGUUUUGUAAGCUUUAAGGAUCCCGGUGAUUUCAUCAAGGCAAUGAAAGAAAUGGAUGGUCGCUACGUUGGCAGUCGACCAAUCAAGCUAAGAAAAAGUACUUGGAAAAAUCGCGCCCUUGAUGUCGUACGCAAGAAAGAGAAAGAAAAGGCAGCCCUUCUCGCUUUACUCAUGUCCGGAAAUAAGAGCUGACAAAAUUAGUUUAUCAUGAAUAAGGACCUGUAUCACCGGUUUUGGAUAACGCUGUUUGACGGAUAACGGUAUCCAACAGAUAAGUUUUGAUGUAUUAUUUCUUUUUCCCAUCAAAUUUCACUAUACCUCCUGCUGUUAGUCAAUUCGUAACUUAUACUUAUAUAGAACUGGUGAAACCGGCCUUAAGUCAAAUGUAAUGCAAUGUUUUAAUUCUAUUGUUAGUUUUACUUUAUUGUAACUUAGCGCCUAAUAAAAAUAUGUUUAUAUAA